AUGGCAGAGCGUCCGCAAUACUUCGAGAAUACUUUGACCCCGCUACCAAUUAAUGCGACCACUCUUUCUGAGAGUCUCCAAGAAUUUCGGAUUGCUGUUCGCAAUGGUGCCGAGUUGAUACAGGAGAACACACCCUUGCCUGAAACAUGGCGUCCAAAUGGCAUAUUUAGAGAUUUCCCCGGUAUCGCUCUGGCAUUCCUACGCCUAGAUUAUCAGUCCUCGGUGCUAGAAGAAUCCAAAGCUGCUUCUCUUGACUAUCGUCGUUAUGCACUACAACGGAUUCCAUCAAGCCUCCCGGACACUCCUCUGCUAGCCUCCCGAUUGUCUCCAGUUGGUUCAUCUUCGCCUGUGACUGCUGUCAUUCUGCGUGUUUUAGGUAAGUUUGCACGGAAUAAUUGGCAAGACAAUGUCAGUGUUGGCAUCACAAGGGUGGAUAUCACUUGCCUUCAUGAGGCCAUGCAGUGGGCACUACAGAAUGAACCUCUUGUUACCCAUAACAGCCGAAAAAUGGGCGGAGAUGAGAUGCUAUUUGGCCGAGCAGGGCUGCUUGGGGCCCUUUUGAACAUUCGUGCUCAUAACUUUGAUCAAGAGACCCACGAAGCACUCUCACCUGUGCUGGGCGCAAUUCCUGAGUUGAUCCGAGUGAUUUUCGAUGCUGGGCGACAAGGAUCCAAGGAAUUCACCGAAAAACAUGAAACCCAAGACGCACAUCCAUUGAUGUAUGCAUGGAUGGAGGGUCAUUACUGUUUUGGGGCGGUCCAUGGAAUAACGGGUAUUCUAACCAUCCUGCUCUCGUGUAAGCCAGAAGAGCUUGCAGACUAUCUUCCUGUGAUUGGUGGCACUAUCACUGCGCUCUGCAAGCUAUCUGGAUCUACAAAUGGCCACCUCCCGAUGACACUACCUCCAUAUGGUUCCAAGCAGUCAUCCUCAGAACUAGUUCAACUAUGUCACGGGAGCCCAGGACUGUUGAUUCUCCUAGGAGCUGCCUUAAAAAACAAAUCCCUAACCCACGCUCACUGGGAUCCAAGUUGGGAUCAAGCCAUAUACCUGGGCACUGAGCGUGUAUGGGAAGAAGGUCUGCUUUCGAAGGGAGGCAGUCUGUGUCAUGGCAUAGCUGGCAAUGCAUGGGCAUGGCUUCUCCUUCAUGAUUGUUUUGAAUACCACUCGGAGACACUGAACGAGGCCCGGACACUUUAUCUCCAGCGUAAUCAACUACCAGCACUUCCAAAUGUUGAGAUGAGCCAAGAACUCACCAGUGACUUCUUCCUCUCGAGAGCACUUGCGUUCAUGUUGCAUGCACGUCAAACUAAGCCAUACAACACUUCGCCUGCAUCUUCUGACAAAGAUUAUCGCAUGCCUGAUGAGCCCUACAGCUUGUUUGAAGGUCUUGCGGGCAAUGUUUGUGCCUGGGCUGAUACAUGCGCGGUGCUUCAAGCCAGGCUGCGCAAGAUGGAACUUGUUGAAAUGGGUGUAUGCGCUACAUCUGGUUUGUCACGAGACCCAGCAUUCCAGGAUGCUUUCUGUAGACAAUUGGGCUUUCCUGCCCUGGGUGGAAAUGGCGCAAUGGGUAUUUUCUAA